ACGCACGAGCCUAUUGACGCAUUAAAAGAAAUUGUCACAGAGGUAAUGAAGCCUUCUCAUAUUGCGUACUCGAUGUUGAAGGUGAUCUGCGCCUAGAACUAUGCCUGCUCAAAGAUCAGCAAAAUAUAGUCACUUGAUAGCUGUUCUUCAUCGCUGUGGAUUUAGUAUAACCAAAGAAUUGUUUCUUAAAAGGGUACAGGACUUUACACCGGAAGGACAUGACCCUUUUCCAUGGACUGUCGAUCAUUUCCUGAAAAACAAUAAAGAUAAAAUACUCAAACGCGAACUUGGGAAAUUUCAGAAAUUAAAAUUAUUCCCUAGAUAUUCAAAAUCGACAAAUGUAGAAUUCUGGGAUCUGAACACGUUAUGCUUUCUCCUGUUGCACUUCUGCGAUUUGCGGAAAGAGAUUCGACAAGACAUUGACCUUUUACGACAGUUGAGAAACAAGUUAGUACACUUAGGGGAGGGAGACAUUCCAGAAUACAAGUAUCAAACGUACCUUGAAAGACUCAAGGGCAUAAUAAGUCGAUGCACAACCGAACUGAACAAUCCGGAGCUUCUGGUCGAACUAGAAAAUGUCAUAGAAAAUAUGCAGAAUGUUCAAAUGACUAAUGUUGAAGACGAAGAAAAAGAACUGAAGCAGUGGUAUUUCGAUGAUCAAACAUUUCACGUUGGGAUAGAAAUAUCACAGCAUGGACAAGAUUUGGAUGAAAUACAUACGACGUUGCUGAACUAUCAAAUGAAAUUUGAAGAAAAUGAGAUUUCGACGAAGAUGGAUCUAUCAAUGGCAAUUGGAAUACGUGUAACAGGAAUGAAUAGAGAUGCUGAAAAUGCUCUUUCAACCGCCCAUCAAGACAUUGCAUCUGGGACAGUUUCUACAGACAGGUCCUUUUCUAGAAAAAUUAACAUAAAUGUCGAGAGAAUUAAGGCCGAUGUUCAGCAAAUAGGGUCAGAAGUCGUGGGUGACAGUAGUGGUUCAAUUAUAUUCAAAUUCACAUGCUUCUCUGUAGCUUCAUUGAUAUAUUUAGUGGACUACUUCAAUGGUCAGGUCAUGAAAAGACGUCUACAAGAUAUGACAAAGGCGAUAGAAGAUAUGGUAGAUGACAUGGUGACAUUGCAGGUUUAUAUUCCUCCUGAGGACUACCAGGAAAUCAUCAAGAAAUUAGAAGAUACAUAUACAUCAGAAAAAGAAUGCGGUCCACAAACAAAAAGACGUAAGCUGGGCGGAAAGGUGUUCAAUGAUCCGUUAUAUGGCCAGAUAGAAUUGCAUCCCUUGUGUGUAAAAGUCAUCGACACAUCACAGUUCCAGAGAUUGCGGCACAUCAAGCAGCUGGAAACCGUAUAUUUAGUGUACCCUGGUGCAAGUCAUAACAGGUUCGAACAUUCCAUUGGAGUUUGUCACUUGGCCGGAAAACUUUUAAAAGAAUUGAAAGAACGUCAGCCAGAGUUGAAUAUCACUACGAAAGAUAUUUUGUGUGUAGAACUAGCCGCUCUUUGCCAUGAUCUUGGCCAAGGACCUUUCUCCCAUGUGUUUGAACACAAAUUCAUUCCAGUCGUUCAAGCUGUAAUUCCUGAAAUCAAGUGGAAGCAUGAGAUGGCUUCUGUGAAGAUGUUUGAAUACAUGUUGCGAGAUAAUGAGGGUAAACUUCGUGAGUACUUCCAGAGGAUGAUACCUGGCUUUGAAGAAAGGGAUAUAGAAUUCAUUAAAGAACUGAUUGGUGUUCCGGCAGACUUAGACGCAGAAGUUUGGCCAUGUAAAGGAAGAGACAAGAACAAAAGUUUUUUGUAUGAGAUAGUAGCCAACCAUGUAAAUGGAAUCGAUGUGGACAGAUGGGACUACAUUGCCCGAGACAGUUACAUGCUGGGUAUGAAAACUACCUUUGAACACAACAGAUUAAUACGCCACUCAAGAGUUCUUGUGGCAGAAGGAAGGAGGCAAAUCUGUUACAGAGACAAGGCUGCCCAAGAUUUGUAUGACAUGUUUUACGCCAGGAUGACUUUAUACAGGCGAGCCUAUCAACACAAAACGCACAACAUCAUUGGCUUGAUGGUGCGAGAUGCCUUGCGUGAUGCUAAUGAUCAGAUUUUCUUUGUUGGAGAAAACGGAGAUCGACUUCGGAUAUCUGACACCGUUCACGACAUGAAGGCGUAUACGCAUCUGACCGAUGAUAUUCUGCAAAAGAUACAGCGGUCCUCUAAAGUCGGUUUAGAGAAAUCUAGAGCCACUGUAGACAGGAUACUUCAAAGAGACUUCUACAAAUGCAUCAUUCAAACUCAAGUUGAUGUUAAAAAGAAUGGCUUGAUAGAGAAGACGGCCGUCCAAGAAAAUUUGUUUAACAAAAUUAAUCUGAAAACGCCUUAUAGGACAGAUUUAUCAGAAAUCCUGGAAAUAGAUGUGGUGAACCUGGACUACGGAAGUAAGGACAAAGACCCAGUAACAAAGGUCUGGUUUUUCAAGAAAGGACAAGAAGACACGGCCAUAAGGAUUAACAAAGAACAGGUUUCCUUUGUCCUGCCGGAUACCUUUGCGGAGCAGUAUAUACGCGUGUACUGUAGUGUAACAGAUUCCCAGCUUUUUGAUGUCAUUGAACAAUCAUUCUCAGAAUGGUGCAAGGAGAACGAUAUUCCGCUACCACAGGGUUCAUUUGUUCCUCUCGAAGACUCAUCUGGCAAAUCAUAGAACAGACCACCAGACAGUUUUGGUUUGAUGCUAUAACACUUUCUGUUUUGUGAUUCUUUCUCUUGUCUUAAAGACUUCAAACAUGUGUGGACACUCAUUAUGUAUUUGUGUGGUUUUAAUGUUUAUGGUUUAGUUUGAUUAAAAAAGGUUGGUUUCUUGUUAUAUAGCCUCUAAUAUGUAGAAAAUUGUGCAGUUUUAGUUUUUAAAUAAUAGUAUACACUCCCUUACCAAAAUAUCAGGCUUCCGGCGAACGUUGCGGCAAAUUUGCCGCAAACGUUUUGGUGAAUUUGCCGCAAACUUUCUUUUGGCAAACUUUUACCAUGCAAAUUUAUGCAAAUGAAGUUUGCAGCAAAGUUGCGGCAAACCUUAUUUGCAUGGUAAAACUUUGCCGCAAAUUCGUCAAAACCUUUCUGGCGAACUUCUGGCAAUGUUCUGGCGAGCUUUUGGCAAACUAUUUAUGCAAAUUAGUUUGCGGCGACUUUGCAGCAAACAAUAAUGCAAAUUUGUUUGCCGCAAAUUUGCUGCAAACGUUUGGCGCUAAAGUAACAGACCUUUUGUUUUUGAAGAACAAAGGAUAUAUUUUCAAGAAAAGUAAGAAAGGUCUAUUAAAUUAGCAAAAUAUUAUCUGCUAAUAAUGAUUUAUCUUUUCUAAAUAAUUAUAAAGAUAAAAUACAAAUGCACGAGAUCAUUAUGAUAAAGUACGUCGUUAGUAAAUAUAUUUUAUGCUUACAUGGGUUUGAAACUCUUUAAAUAUUUUAAAGGAACCGUUGUGAAAGCUGACCGUUGUGAAAGCUGACAACUAAUUUGCAAAAAUUUCCUCUGUGUGCAAAUGUAAAUUUGCAGAUUCACUAAAUUAUUUAUUGCAAUCUAUUGUAUCUAAUGGUAUUUAGGUGACACAUGUCUGAAAUAAACAAAGGCUAACCGUAUAAAAAUCAUUCUGGUUUUGCAUGCGUAAUAAUGUGAAAACUAACCUUACAUCGCAAAAGUUAUCCACGGAAUUAUCCACAGUAUACUUCGGUGAUUUAUCCACCUUUUUGGGGAAGUUUUUGUUUAGUAAAGAAACAUAAAUAAUUCAUGUUAAUAAAUCGAUGUUCAACUACUGUUUGGCAGUUUGAAAAUGGAGCCAAACUCUAUGCAGCCAACAAAAACAUAGAAGAAGUCAUGUGAUACUGUUCUGGCAAUCUUCUGGCGAACUUUCACAUCUGGUCAGAUAAUUAAAAGAUCAUGUGGCGAAUGUUUUGGAGAAGAAAAUAUAGAUAAUAGAUUCUGGUGACGUUUUGGUGAACAAAAUCAUGUGAUAAAGUUUCUGGCGAUGUUAUGGCAAACUCUUAAUUCAGUAAAGUCUGUGGUGAGUUUGCAGCAAAGUCACCGAAACGUUUCCCGAAAGGUCGCCGCUACCGGCGAACUCAAGCAAACAUUUAUUACUCUGUUCUGGUGAACUAAAAUGUUUGCGGCAAAUUUACCGCAACGUUGCGGCAAAUUUGCCGCAAACUUUUCAUUUUGGUAAGGGAGCUGUUUUAAUACAGAUUAAGUAACGUUUAUAUUAGCACUUGGAGUAAAUUAAAAGAAAUUCUAAUAUACUUGUCUCUGUUAAAACACGUUUACGGUAGAGUGACGUCACGUUAACGUGCGGUGACGUAAAUGUUUUUGUUGCGACCAAGAAAGAGCGCUACCAUAUUUUAGCCUACUGUUUUAGAUUAAGGACAUAUUAGAAUCGAAAUAAUUUAUAGCAAAACCGUGUUUUAACACUAUUUAUACACUCGGCCGGUAAUACGUUGUACAAAUAAUUUCAUUUGUUACAUUGUUACUACUUAAUAUGAAAAACGUUAAAGCUGUUUUAUCAUUUUAUCGCUUGUUUGUUUAUAUUGUUUUAAAGUUAUUAUUGUAUAACAGUUUAGUCAUAGGCCUAUUGUUGAUGGUGAUUACUGAAUAAAAUUGUCUCUUAGUCUAUCGUAGUGACAAAAUUUGAACAUACAGUUAACCUUCUUUGAUCCAUAUCAUAAUGUUAAAACCUACGUAAUGUAGUAAUUUCAUAACACAAAGAUACCUAGUUUUGCUUUCUGGCUCAAAAGAUAUUUUUAGGACAGGCGACAAAAUAUGGAGUGGAGUCAUGGAGUGGAGUCAUGGAGUGAGAUUUUAGAGUGACCUUGGAGUGAGAUUUUGGAGUCAAAAUCAUAUGUUUCGUUUUUGUUUCAUGUCAGAUGUAUUGAUUACAUGAAGGAAAGUGGUGGAACGAGAAUGUUGUUGGAAAUAGUGACGCUACUGAUGAUGAUGAUGAUGAUUAUGAUUAUGAUAGAUUUUGUAGCAUUUUUAGCUCGACUUUACGAAGUAUAUUGAGAGCUAUCCUACUCACCCCGGCGUCCGCGUCCGCGUCUUUCUGCGUCCCCACCUUGGUUAAAAAAUAUUUACACUUUCUCUUUUUUCUCCUUAUCUCUGUAAUUACUUGAUGGAUUUGCUUUAAACUUAAAAUAGUUAUUCCUCAUCAUCAUCCACAUCAUAUGACACAGGGGCCAUAACUCUCUCACCAAUAUUUCAUGAAUUAUCCCAUCUUUUUACAUAGAUUUUCAGGUUAAAGUUUUGAUGCACUUUCACUCUAUCUCAGUUAUUCUUAAAUGGAUUUGAUUCAAACUGAAAGUAUUGUUCCACAUUAUCUCCCACAUCACAUGACACAAGGCCAAUAACUCUGGUACCAAUAUUUAAUGAAUUAUCACCCCUUUUACUCAGAAUUUCAGGUUAAAGUUUUGAUGCACUUACACUAUAUCUCAGUUAUUACUAAAUGGAUUUGAUUCAGACUUAAAAUAGUUGUUCAACAUCAUCACUCACAUCAUAUGACACAAGGGCCAUAACUCUUGCACCAUUAUUUCAUUAAUUAUCCCCCCUUUUUACUUAGAAUUCCAGGUUAAAGUUUUGAUACACUUUCACUCAAUCUCAGUAUUACUAAAUAGAUUUGAUUCAAACUUAAAAUAGUUGUUCCACCUUAUCACCCACAUCAUGACACAAGGUGCAUAACUCUGGCACCAAUUUUUCAUGAAUUAUGUCCCCUUAUCCUUAGAAUUUAAGCUUAAUUUUGAUGCAUUUUCACUAUAUCUCAGUCAUUCGAAAAGCAUUUGAUUCAAACUUGAAGUAGUUAUUUAACAUCAUCACCCACAUCAUAUAACACAAGGUGCAUAACUCUUGCACCAAUAUUUUAUGAAUUAUGCCCCUUUUUUGCUUAGAAUUAUACUUAUAUAGUGUUUUGAUACACUUUAUCGUUACCUCUCUUAUUACUUAAUAUUUUUGACACAGACUCAAGCUUUUGUGCAAUAUCUUCAUCCACUCUUGGAGUCAUAAAACACUCCAGUGACAGCUCCAGUUUCCUCAGAUGUGCCCAGUUUCACUAUCCAGCAUCGAAAUAGUCGAGCGCGCUGUCUCCUGUGACAGCUCUUGUUUGAUGAUGAUAUUCAUGCGAAGUAUGCUGAUAUUACUUUGUCAAUGUUUUUAUAAUGCUGCUGAUAAAAAUGCAGCUGAUGAUGUUAAUAGCACUGAUGAUGAUGAUGUUGUUAUUUUUUUGAAUUGAGAAAGGGAGGGAAAAGAAUGACAUGUAGUUAUGCCGCUUCUUUAUGAUGAUUUUGCUUUGAUUUUUUAUUGCUGCUGCUGCUGUCGAUGAUGAUAAUGAUGAUGACGAUGAUGAUUUUUAUGACAGGAUGUUUUUGAUGAUUAUGUUGGUAGUGAUGAAAAUAUUUUCAUUACAAUGUUGUGAGUGAAAUAAGAAUGGCAUAAUUGUAUAUGAUGAUGAUGAUGAUGAUUUAUAUUGUUGUUAUUGAUGAAAAUCAUUGAUGUUUGUGUGAUGAAAGUGUAAUUAAAACAUUUGUUUUGAAGUGAUGCUUCAGUUAAAUGUAAUAACAUUUUUAUCACCACCACUACUAUCAUCAGCAUCACCACUAUCGAACAACCAUAACGACAAUUAUCAUCAUUACAAACACUAUCAUCACCAGCAGCACCACCAUCAUCAAGAUCAUCAUUACCAGCAUCAUCAUCAACAUUAUCAUCUUCACCACCAUCAUCAUCAUUACCACCACCACCAACAACAACACCAGGUAAUCAUCGUUAUCAUUACCAUCGUUAUCAUCAUUAACAUCAUCAUCACAAUCACCACUGUCAUCAAUAUCAUCAUCAUAAUAAUCAUCAUCUGUCAUUACAUCAUCAUUAUAUCAUUGUUAGUUCUACUGAUGUUUUUGCUGAUGAACAAGAUGAAAAAAAGAUGUCAUCUGAAGAUAACGGAUUGUUGUUGUUGAUGAUGACUACAUGUGUUUGUAUUGUUGUUAAUAGUAAUGGCGAUGAUUGAAAUUUGGACAAUUUUUUGCCUUAAGAGUGUUCAAUUAUUUUGUCUGUCAAGGGUGAUAAAUUGGUUUUCAGGAUAUCAAUGAUGAUGAUAAUGAUGACGGUUACAUGAUAGGUGAUAUACAUUUUCAUCCUAAAGGCACGAACAACAAUCAAUAGUUUUUGUUGUAAACAAUUAUAUAAAACAAAUCAUCAACAUUUCCAUAAUCAAACGUAUAACUACCAGUCUCCUGUUAUAUUAAGUUUGACUCUUCAUACCAACAAUCACCAGUCUCAUUAUAGUUGGCAACAGCAACAGCAACAGCAACAUGCAUUAAUCAUUACUGUAUUUCGUCUUACGAAAUUUCACUAAUAAACCAAUAGUACCACUGCUUUUAAUCUUAAUAACUUUUCAAACUUUGAAUGAAAAACCAUAUUCAAUUUGACUCCAAAAUCUCACUCCAAAAUUAGACUCCAAGAUCUCACUCCAAGACUCCACUCAAUAUUUUGUCGUAUGCCUACUUUUAGAUCCAGUUGUAAGUGAUAUGUUAUGAUGCUGAUUUAUGUACAUAUAAAGAAGAGACUUGUAUCUCGCAUAAAUAUUUACUGUUUGCCUUGAUCAGUAGAUAUCUGUCAUAUCCUUUAUAAAUAAUUUAUAAAUAAAUUCAGUUUG